AUAAAAAAAAAACCAAACAAAUAUAAAUAACACGAUGAGAAACAGCCAAAACCAAACAACACAGUAUUUUUCAUACACCGAAAGAGAGACUGAUACGUACGUCCUCAGCUCUCUUUUGCUCUCCUUUGAUUCAAAAUUCUCAAUUCCAAAAACCCCACUUUAAUUUCCCUCUGUAAAUUCUUCUCUCUUCAAUUUCUCUAAUUGUUGUUCCACUCAUUUCGUUUCUAUCGGCGGAAUCAAGAACCAUAUUCAAGAAUGCCGGAAGAUAAGAGGACGUCGUCGUCGUCGUCCUCGACGGCGGCGGAGGCGGAGGCGGGAAUAACGGCGGCGACGACGUCGUCGUCGACGGCGAAACAGAAAGAAGAACAACAGAAAGUUCCAUUUUACAAGCUGUUCUCGUUCGCCGACCGCCUUGACGUGGUGCUGAUGGUUGCGGGGACAUUAGGUGCAAUUGGGAAUGGAUUAUCUCAGCCAAUUAUGACUGUGAUUUUCGGCAAGCUGAUCAACACGUUCGGUACCGGUUCUGGGAAAUCAGAUCUUACCCGUGAAAUCCUCAAAGUCUGUCUUUAUUACGUUUACCUUGCUGUUGGUACAGGCAUUGCUUCCCUUCUACAAAUGUCAUGCUGGAUGGUGUCUGGAGAAAGACAGGCAGCACGUAUACGCGGGUUGUAUUUGAAAACAAUAUUGAGACAAGAUAUUUCAUUCUUUGAUACUCAAACAACUACAGGGGAGGUUAUUGGGAGAAUGUCUGGAGACACUGUUUUAAUCCAAGAAGCCAUGGGCGAAAAGGUUGGGAAGUUCAUUCAAUUGGCUACAACAUUUUUUGGAGGCUUCAUAGUUGGUUUUAUAAAAGGGUGGCUUUUGGCAUUAGUUCUGUGCUCUUGCAUACCUGCUUUAGUGGUUGCUGGUGGAUUUAUGGCGUUGUUUAUGUCUAAGAUGGCUAGUCGUGGCCAAAUCGCUUAUGCUGAUGCUGGAAAUGUGUUGGAACAAACAGUAGGAGGAAUUAGAACGGUUGCAUCAUUUACUGGAGAGAAGCUAGCCAUCAAGAAAUAUGACAGCAAACUGCAAAUUGCUUAUAACACCACCUCUAAACAAGGGCUGGUUUCAGGAUUUGGAGUGGGCUCAAUUUUGAUGCUUGUUUUUGGUAUCUACGGUCUUGCAAUAUAUUAUGGAUCAAAACUGGUUUUAACAAAAGGUUACAGUGGUGGAGACGUGAUUAAUGUCAUGAUGGCUAUAAUGAUGGGAGGAAUGUCACUUGGCCAGACGUCACCAAGUUUAAAUGCAUUUGCAGCAGGGCAGGCUGCAGCAUUCAAGAUGUUUGAGACUAUUGAACGUGUACCCUUAAUUGACUCAUAUGAUAAAAAAGGGAUCGUCUUGGAAGAUAUGAAGGGUGAAAUUGAUCUUAAAGAUGUGUACUUCAGAUAUCCUGCUAGACCAGAUGUCCAGAUUUUUGAUGGAUUCUCAUUACACGUUCCUAGUGGGACAACUGCAGCUUUAGUCGGGCAAAGUGGAAGUGGAAAAUCAACUGUCAUUAGUCUCCUGGAGAGAUUCUACGACCCUCAAGCUGGGGAAGUACUUAUUGAUGGCAUCAAUUUGAAGAACAUUCAGAUCCAAUCAUUAAGAGGGAAGUUGGGUCUAGUGAGUCAAGAGCCAAUCUUAUUUGCAACUACCAUAAAAGAAAACAUUCUUUAUGGCAAAGCAAAUGCCACAGAUUCUGAAAUUAGAACCGCGAUUGAGCUUGCCAAUGCUGCCAAGUUCAUUGACAAACUUCCAAUGGGCCUCGAUACAAUGGUUGGUGAACACGGGACUGCACUCUCAGGAGGACAAAAACAAAGGAUUGCAAUUGCUAGAGCUAUUCUGAAGAAUCCAAAAAUUCUUCUUCUUGAUGAAGCAACUAGCGCCUUGGAUGCAGAGUCAGAAAGGAUAGUUCAAGAUGCACUUGACAAGAUUAUGACAAACAGAACUACUGUGGUGGUUGCACAUAGGUUAACGACUAUCAGAAAUGCUGACCUUAUAGCAGUGGUACAUGCUGGUAAACUUGUUGAACAAGGUACUCAUUCCGAGCUUAUGAGGGACCCUAAUGGCGCAUACCACCAGCUAGUCCGAAUGCAAGAAGUGUCUAAACAAGGUUCAGAAAAAAGCAAGAAACUGGAGUUGGAGAAAUUGGAUACAUCAAUAGAAUACGAAGAGAAUUUGAGUAGGAGUUCAAGUCAGAGACUGUCUCUGAGAAGAUCAACCAGUAGGGGAUCGUCUCGCCAUUCCUUUACCCUUAGUUAUGGAGUUCCUGGUCUUAUAAAUAUCCAUGAAUCUGAGGUAGGAGAAGAUGUCAUUGGGAAUGAUCAAAAUGGCUUGAAGAAGAGUGAGAAUGUUUCACUCCUACGACUUUUCAAAUUAAACAAACCUGAGAUAUCAUAUUUGGCCUUUGGGUCUCUGGCUGCUGGCGUGAACGGUGUCGUAUUUCCCGUGUUCGGGCUCUUACUUGCAAAAGCUAUUAAAAUUUUCUUUGAGCCUCCACAUGAACUGAGUAGAGAUUCCAAGUUUUGGUCACUGAUGUUUGUCGGCCUUGGUGUUGCGACUUUUGUGAUUAUUCCGGUGCAGAAUUAUCUCUUCGGAGUUGCAGGCGGUAAAUUGAUACAAAGAAUCCGUUCUCUGUCAUUUCAGAAAGUAGUGCACCAGGAAAUCAGUUGGUUUGAUGACCCUGCGAACUCAAGCGGUGCUAUCGGGGCACGGUUAUCAACUGAUGCUACAACAAUGAAGAGUCUAGUUGGUGAUGCUUUGGCAUUAGUUGUCCAGAACAUUUCAACUGUAAUAACCGGGCUUGUGAUAGCUUUUGUGGCUAAUUGGAUACUGGCAUUUAUAGUUUUAGCUGCACUGCCUUUCAUUGGUAUGCAAGGAUUCCUGCAGAUGAAGUUUCACAAAGGCCUAAGUGGAGAUGCCAAGAUUAUGUAUGAAGAAGCAAGCCAAGUAGCGAAUGAUGCUGUUGGUAGCAUAAGAACUGUUGCAUCAUUUUGUGCCGAAGGGAAAGUGAUCGACAUGUACCAAAAGAAAUGUGAGGUCCCUAAGAAGGAUGGGGUUAGACGAGGAAUGGUUAGUGGUUUCAGUUUUGGCCUUGGCUCUGCAGCAAACUACCUAGCAACUGCAUUCUGCUUCUGGAUAGGAUCGCAUCUUAUUACAAGUGGAAAGGCAUCAUAUGGUGACGUGUUUAAGGUCUUCUUCGCCUUAACAAUGGCAGCUAUGGGAGUUUCGCAAGGGACAGCUUUGGCUCCAGAUAUAAACAAAGCUAAACUAUCAGCUGCUUCUAUCUUUGCAAUCCUCGAUAGCAAACAGAAGAUUGAUUCUAGCAGUGAAGAGGGCCAAGUUCUAUCGACUGUCAACGGUGAUAUUGAGUUGAAACAUGUGAGCUUUAAGUAUCCAACACGACCUGACGUUCAGAUUUUUAAGGAUUUGAGCUUAACGAUACCUUCUGGAAAGACGGUUGCUCUUGUUGGGGAAAGUGGUAGCGGGAAGUCGACAGUGAUAAGCCUUAUAGAGAGGUUCUAUGAUCCUGACUCUGGAAACAUACUUAUUGAUGGGGUGGAGAUAAGGAAGUUGAAGAUAAAUUGGCUCAGGCAGCAGAUGGGAUUGGUUGGCCAAGAGCCUGUCCUAUUCAAUGAAUCAAUUCGAGACAACAUUGCAUACGGCAAACAAGGGGAGGUGACGGAAGAAGAAAUUAUAGCAGCAACCACAGCCGCAAAUGCGCACAAUUUCAUAUCAGGACUGCCUCAAGGAUACGACACAUCAGUAGGAGAAAGAGGAGUUCAAUUAUCAGGCGGACAGAAGCAACGGAUCGCCAUUGCACGGGCAGUUCUCAAAGAUCCGAAAAUCCUUUUAUUGGACGAGGCAACAAGUGCCCUGGAUGCAGAGUCAGAACGUGUCGUUCAGGAUGCAUUGGACAGGGUGAUGGUGAAUCGAACCACUGUCGUCGUGGCUCACCGUCUAAGCACCAUAAAAGGUGCCGAUAUCAUUGCAGUCGUGAAGAAUGGAGUGAUCGCAGAAAAGGGUGGACAUGAGGCUUUGAUGAAUAUACCAAACGGGGUCUAUGCAUCAUUGGUCGCAUUGCAUAUGACUUCCUCCUAAAUUCUAGUAAUAAUACACAGUAGUACUUCAGAGGAUUUUAGUCCGAUUCAAAUUUCAAGGGCUAUAUAUAUAGGUCAUUCAGUUUUGUAGAAUACUGCUUUUGGGUAAAUAUACUUCUUUUACAUAAGCUGUAGCUUCAGUGAGUUUGAAUUUUCUCCUAUACGGAGGAGGAUGAAUAUAAUCACGAACAUGUAAUUGAUUAAAUACAUAUGUAAAAGAAGCCAAAAAACCAAACUGGUCAAUAUCUAUUCUCUCAGAAACAAUGCAGACAUGAGCAUCGAUUACUGCUAUAUAUGCAGAUACAAUAUACAAUAUGCAGCUGAAAUUUCAAUAAAACCAUUAUAGUCUCACCAAAAGAAAGAGAAAAAGAAAAUACACAAAUGGUGCAACAGAUGUCAAGUUGCAGCAGGUUCAACACUGUUUCAACCCAGCAUGAAUGACUGCUUGCUUUUUGAAACUCCAAUAACCAGCAAGUAAGAAAAGCCCCCUUUAGUAAGCUUGAGCUGCCCCAUUACUAGAAGGAAGUCGUUGGCGUCUCUCGACAAAUGCAGAUGGAAACCAACCUCCUUUGCCCCGGCAUUCGCCCUCUGACCAGCCUGAUGGACUUACCUGAAAAAUCAUUAAAUUGUGUAAAGCCAAACUAUUGACUGACUAAAUUCCAUGUGUAAGUAAAUACAACUGCUUUUCUAAAAACCAAAAGCCGGCUAGUUCAAUGAUAAAUUACCGCAAGCAUACACAACUGAGGCAAAUGAAGUUCUGACUAAGUAAAUGUAAAUAUUCCAUCAUUGCAAUGCUGCACGACAGAUGUACAGCAGUACCCUCAUGAAAAGAAUGAAUGCACGAUAGACAUACAACACAAUAAAUCAAUAAUGAGAGGAUCUCGUCUAAAAUCCAGAAACCAGCUGUGACUGACGUAUUAUUGGAAAUUAUUUGGAGGUGCAAAAAAGGCUUGAUUUCAUUUUGGCUUCAAUUAUAGGUCUCUUCCUAUUAUCAAAUAAAGACAGCCACGCAGGCAUUAGGCUCUAGCAAGCAUCCUAGAGAUUUUGAAUCGAUGUUCAGUAACUCAAGAGGCAUUCAUUUUCUAAUGUCACUAUAAUACAUGUGUUGUAAGAAUUGAAUUAAAGUAAAGAAACCUUCCGAACAACGACAUAAUCCCCAACCGCCAAGCUUAAUUCUUUUUCGGAUUCAGCAUCAAAAGCUUGCACAGCCUGAAAAUGUUGAGGAAUAUUUAGUAAAGGCUCUCACGGAUCUGAAAGACUGUGAAUAUAAUAGAAGAGAAAUAGGGCUGCCGGUAGAAGUUACCUCAGCGAGAAAAUAUUUAGUCUUUUCAGGUAAAUGAUUGGGUAGAACCACAGGAGGAGCAGACUCUUUCCUUUGCUUCUCGGAUACCACCUGUUCCACCAAGAAAUAUAUCAUCUAAAAUUGCUUUACUAUGUGAAAGCAUAUUAUCUGUGGGAAGAAGUGCAUCACAGACCUCAGUUUCUAUCUGACCGAGAAUGGCAGCAACUCUCUCGUGAUACAUCUUUUCUGCAUCAAGC